ACCGUUUUGCCUUUCUCCGUUAAAAUAGUACACCCAUUUUUUCUUCUUCAAAAAAGCGGAAGUGAAAGGGUUAUAUAUGUGCCAUUUUGCGUAAAAGCACAAUCCUAUUUCAAAAUGGGAUUAAACAUGUAAUGCGCAAAGAAGAAGCAGUUAUGCGUAACCCUCCCUGCGGUAAGAAGAUAUGUAUACCCCAAAAUAGGAAAUUUCCCCCCCUUUUUUUUACCCCCAAUAUACGCCCAUCGCUCAUUUAUUAUGACCUGUGCUCAGUUAAACAGGUAAAGAAGUAGGAAAAAAAAGGGAAGAAAAAAAAGAAGAAAAAGAAGAAGAAUACGCGCAUUUGAUUCUUCCAUUUUUGUAGAAAAAGGAAGCAGCAAUUUUUCUGUGCUUUCCCCACUCAUCAGUGUUGUUUAAAGUGUACAUUUUUACGUCCCGCGGAAGGGGCCACCACAUCGCCACUGCCAUCACCACUAUUGCCCCCGUUCGAGACUGCCCCCGCGUGAACAUGCAGCCGAAGGCGCGCACAAGAUAGACCUGCGGACGUGUGUGAGUAGCGGCACAUGGGCCAACAAACAUACAUAGCCGCGUAUCUGAGUCUCCACCGAAGGGGUCCCUGUUCCCCCCUCGUAACUGCUGCCACUAACUACUACCGCAGCAGUUGGGGCCCACCGCGCCGUUUCCUCCAUCUCCCUUAAUAAGCACACAACACAAAAAUGAACGGACACGUACAGAAACUCAAAGUAGUCCUGUGCAGGAACAAACCGGGGAAGCAACUGUACAGCAGUGAAGCCCUAAAAGUGAAGAGAAACCCAAACUUGGAAAAGUUAUAUUCAGGGGAAAAACAAAACCUAGCAAAAGUGACAUUCAAGAAGGAGAAAAUCGAAGACAUCAUUAAGGAGGUGAAAUUUGAUUACUACUAUUUUAAUGAAGGGAAGAAAAACAUCUAUAGGGACAUCCCCCUCAACAUUGCUGUGGUAAAGGAGUCUGAGUUGCCACCCUUCCAGCAGGUUGACGAGAAGUUACAUUUCUCAGUUUUGGAAAAUGACCUCCGGAUUAUUUCCACCAACAAGAACAACAGCGUUUGUUCUAUCGGGCUGUACGUGAAGUGCGGGUCCAGGUACGAAGAAAUAAGCGAGCAGGUGAACGAGCAGGGCAUGAGCGUGAUGCUGGAGAACAUGGCGUUCCACAGCACAGCGCACCUGUCCCACCUGCGGACGAUCAAGUCGCUGGAAAAAAUAGGGGCAAACGUAAGCUGCAACGCGUUUCGUGAGCACAUAGUGUACACCUGCGAAUGCUUGAAGGAGUACCUGCCCGUAGUGACCAACCUACUAAUUGGAAACGUCCUAUUCCCUCGCUUCCUCUCCUGGGAAAUGAAAAACAAUGUGAAUCGACUCAACACCAUGCGCACCAAGUUAUUCGAAAACAACGAGCUGUAUAUAACCGAACUUUUGCACAACACCGCAUGGUACAAUAACACCUUAGGGAAUAAACUCUAUGUGUGUGAAUCUAGUGUGGAGAAUUACACCGCCAAUAAUUUAAGAAAUUUUAUGCUGAAACAUUUCUCUCCAAAAAAUAUGACCCUAGUUGGUGUCAAUGUAGACCAUGAGGAGUUAACCAAAUGGACAUCCAGGGCAUUUCAAGAUUAUGUGUCCAUACCGUAUACUAGUCAGAAGGAAGUGACCCCAAAAUAUACAGGAGGGUUUGUAAGUGUGGAAGAUAAAAAUGUGAAAAAGACCAACAUUGCUAUAGCGUACGAAACGAAAGGUGGUUGGAAGACAUCAGACAUGAUUACACUGACAGUGUUGCAGACACUUAUGGGUGGAGGGGGCUCUUUCUCCACGGGGGGACCAGGAAAAGGAAUGUACUCUAGAUUAUUCCUAAACGUUUUGAACAAUUAUAAUUUUAUAGAAUCUUGUAUGGCCUUUAGUACACAACACUCAGAUACGGGUUUGUUUGGACUCUACUUCACUGGGGAACCAGCCAAUACCAUGGAUAUAAUAAAUGCCAUGGCUUUGGAAUUUCAAAAAAUGAAUAAAGUUACAGAUGAAGAAUUAAAUAGAGCCAAGAAAAGUUUGAAGAGCUUUAUGUGGAUGAGCUUAGAGUAUAAGUCUAUACUAAUGGAGGACUUGGCUAGACAGAUGAUGAUUCUAAAUCGUGUGCUCUCUGGAAAGCAGCUGUGUGACGCUAUUGAUGCAGUGACGAAGGAGGACAUAAGCCGAAUUGUGGGCCACUUUUUGAAAACCAAGCCGACGGUUGUUGUCUAUGGCAACAUUAACCAUUCUCCUCACUACGACGAAAUAUGCAAAAUUUUGGGCUAAAAAGGUUGUCCUGAGCACUUUUUUUUUUUUUUUUUUUGCCUUUCACUUUUUAGUACUCCCCCUCGGGGGGUAUAUACAAAUUUUUGCGCCAUGCAGAGAUGUUGGCACAUGUGGUUUGUUACCCGUAUGAAAAUUUACAUGCACGAAAUGUGCUCACGGGGGGCGCGUAUAACGGCGUGUGGAGUCGUACCCCAUCCUUCCCCUGUGUAGCGACUCUUUAAAGGCACCGAACUGAAACGUCAAACACGCUUUAAUGAGAACAUGCGAAGUGCAUUUC